GUAGCAUUCUCUCAUUUGUGUUUUUUCCCCCUUUAUGACUGCAAUUCUCAGAGUGACCUGCAGGUGGUGCUGGAGAACCGUGAACGGGACAAGGACUGCUUCUACCUGUUUGAGUUGGACACGAGUGCCGUGUGCCCGGCCCUGCCUUCCAAACUCAGCGUCGGCUCUAUACUGAUUCUGACGGCUGUCUGCUGCUUUGCAGCGUAUUUGAUUGGUGGAUUCCUCUACAUGCGAUUGGUUGUCGGAGCCAAAGGGGUGGAGCAGUUCCCACACUACGCCUUCUGGUCCGAGAUCGGGAACCUGUCAGCGGACGGCUGUGAUUUUGUUUGCCGUUCCCGCGGUAACCGCCGAGAGCCACACACCCACACCGCCGUGGCAACGGAAGCCCCGGAGGAGGAGCCAGAGGAGCGCGACGAUCACCUGCUGCCCAUGUGACCUGAAGGUUCCGGAACGCACGCACGCUCGCUCGCUCACUCGUAAAAACAGCAGUGCUUCUGCAGUGACUGUUUUUCGGUUGUUUUUGUUAUUUUUUUCUCUCGGUUUUCCCUUUGUUUUUCAUCGUUUCUGGUACCGAUUCAGAACUCACCACAGGCGUGACUAGAGAAGAUCUUCAAGAGCCGCCACUCUCGUUUGUCAGGUCAACAGGGCAGGCCGACAGGUUGGCAGUCUCCCAUCACCACUCUGCUGUGUUUGAGUUAGCUCAUGAACGUGGUGAGGGGACUGCCGCUAGGGAGGCAGCCGCUACGCUAGUCUGGUCAGGGGUGAGCUGAGUUAGGGAGAGAGAUUGCACUGAGGAGGAGGUUCAAAGCACUUAGUUGAGCGCCGGAAGCAGUUUCACGUGGACAUGCAGAAAGGGCUCUGACCAAAUAUUCUUUUUUUUUAAAUACAAUUGCUUUAAAUAUUGUGCAACUUAAAUAAAUCAGUCAUGUUUUUGUUAUCGUUGUUGUUGUGGAGGUUACAAUAAUUCUGAUGGAAGAUGUGAUUGGGAUGAUAUACAGGAGUGAUUCUAUCUAAUGACCUCAAAAUUACUUAGCCUGGUGCACUGGCCCUACCUCUCGUGGCAUUGCAGGUUUUUUUUCCAACCAAAAAAAAACUAACAGUACAUCUGCUGUACUGCUUUACAUGACAUUGUCAUCCUCUCUAGUGAGUUGAUGGGCUACUGUGGCUGUCCUCCCCCUGGCUGUUAUCGAUAUUGUCAGGCACAGUGACUUACAGUACAGCUAAGCACAAGCACUACUGGGCUGAGUGUUAUUAGGACUGGCAUAAGGGUCAAUGAAGGUUUUUUGGGUUUUUUUGUAGCAGGUGGUACAACCACAGCUAAUGCCAAUAAAUUAAUUAAUAAUUGGUACUUAAUAUACAAUCGAUGUAUUGUAUAUGUCUAUUAGGAAAUCCGGUAAACAAAAAAAAACAUAAAUUCCAUACAUUAGUGGAAUUGGCUGUGGUUGCACCACCCUGAUGUCUGCUACAACAAAAACGUCAAUGACCCCUUAAUGUUUGAAGUCAAGGUCACAUCACCAAGGUUAACCUUCCGAGAUGACCUUCCAAGGACCAUGGCCAAGAUUACUCUUCCUAGGUUACCCACUGAAUCUUGACUGAAUUCCAUAGUUCGAGUUUGGAGCCAUGAAAACUAGGUAGUUUAAAACUGGUGCAGCUUAGGGCCUGUGUGUUUGUUUGGUUGUUUGUCUGUUUGUUUUGUGUGUAUUCAUGAUUUUUUGCAGAGGACAUGUGUGUGCUGUUUUGCUUUUGCAUUUAAAAGAAAUGGGUCAUCUGAAAUAAAUUCUGUUUGUAUACAACGUCAA